AUGGAUCCCUCGCGAAGUAAAACGUCCUCGAGGGAGGCCACCGACAGAUGGGCUGACGUGUUCGUGGCACGGAUGGACCAGCUGGUAACUAGUAAUGGCUCUGGACCUCGCGAAGGUCGCCGCCGCAAUUCAAUACCAACAUCGUGGCUAGUGAGAGACAAACGGAUGGAAACAAUGCUAUGGCCUGCACGACGAGUGAAAACACCAUCUAAGUAUCUAAGUAGGUAA